AUGAAUAAUGCCAAACCUGUUGUUUCUAUUCAACAUGUACCCUUUUUUCUGGUCUUCUUGUUAGCCAUUUCUCCACUCUCAACUUUAUGUGAGGGCGAGAUUACGCAAGGAUUUGAUUUUCUUCAACACCUGCAAGGAUGCCACAAAGGUCAGACUGUAGCAGGAUUGCAUGAAGUUAAAACAUAUCUGAAGAAAUUUGGAUACGGAACUGCUCAGGAUGAUCUCUCUGAACAUGCACGCGAUGAUGACUUUGAUGAAGUCUUAGAGUCCCAAAUCAGAACUUACCAGCUCAAUUAUCACUUAGAUCCCACUGGGACGUUAGAUGCUCAAACAGUCAGACAAAUGAUGACGCCUCGCUGCGGAUGCAAAGACACUAUAAGAGGUGCAAUUCCCGCGAGAUCAUGGAAUGGGAAACAUAGUACUGAUGGAGGACAAAGAAGCAGAAUAGACCUCAAUGUGUCAGAUUUUACCUUCUUUCCCGGGGCACCGAGAUGGUCAAAAACUGAACUCACUUACGGGUAUAGUUCUUCUGCCUCAGACAUUGACGCAGGAACCUUCACAGAUGUCGUUGAAAGUGCUUUAGCGAAAUGGGCAGCUGUGAGCGGCUUCAGUUUCGAGGAAGCCUCUAGUACUGAUAGCGAUGUAGUAUUGGGAGUGCACAGAUAUGAGCAUGGUGAUGGUGCCCCCUUUGAUGGCAAAGGUGGUGUACUUGCUCAUGCUUUUGCACCUUCCAUAGGAUGGUGUCAUUUUGAUGCAGACGAGAACUGGAGUACUAAUCCAGGUCCACGAGAAUUCGACCUAGAAACAGCAACUAUACAUGAGAUGGGACAUGUGUUAGGGUUAGGGCAUUCAUAUGAGCCCAAUGCAAUCAUGUAUCCUUAUAUCCCACCAGGAACGGAGAAGAGGGAUUUGCAUGAAAAUGAUAUUCAAGGAAUACAAGCUUUGUACAGUCUUUCCACUUGA